AUGCCGCUGCGCCCGCGGCCAUGGACCUGUCGGACCUGUCUGCAGCGUCUGCAUUCCGCCCGUCGGUCGUUGAAGACAGCCGCAUCUCCGUCGCCGCAGUCGACCUCCUUCGAGUACAACCGGUCGGCACAUAAUACCCAGAAGAGCACCACCGAUGACGAAACGCUUCGCCGAGUGUUCGACUCCCCGUCCUUCUGGAAAGAGUUCUCCCAGCGGAGUAGCCUGCACACGAAGCCCACCGGACUGGUACAGAACCAGUAUUUGACCAGUCCGGAAGGCUUUCGCACAUUCGCCAAUGUCUCGCUGCACAAAUGUCAGGCAAUCGUGCACAAGGUCCUCGCUGCUUCGACUCUGGAGGAAUACCGAGACAUGGCGCGAGACUUGGACCGACUGAGUGAUCUGCUGUGCCGAGUGAUCGACUUGUCUGAUUUCAUCAGAGUGAUUCACCCGGAUCCGCAGGUCCAGGAGGCGGCGACGCAGGCGUAUGCGCUCAUGUUCGACUAUAUGAACGUUCUCAACACAACCACCGGGCUUAAUGACCAGCUGAAGAAAGCCGCGGCUAACCCCGACGUCACGUCGCACUGGUCCGCUGAGGAGAAGAUUGUGGCUCAGAUUCUGAUCAAGGAUUUCUCCAACUCGGCCAUUCACAUGCCGCCGAACGAGCGGCAGCGGUUUGUGAACCUCUCCAACGAGAUCAGUCAGCUGGGAUCCAACUUUGUCAACGCAGCCGAACCGGCCAAAUCCCAUGUGGUUGUCGGGACGAACAGCCUGCGGGGGCUGGAUCCGCUCCUCGUUCAGCAGAUCAAACGUUGGAAUCGCACCGCGUCUGUCCCAACCAUGGGCAUGAUCCCGCGCCUUGUGCUGCGGUCUGUUCACGACGAAGGUGUCCGGAAGGACGUCUAUCUCGCGACGAGGACCUCCAGUUCCCGUCAAAUCAAACGAUUGGAACAACUCCUGGCGAAGCGAGCCGAGUUGGCCCAAUUGUCAGGAUACGCCAGUUUCGGACACAUGACUCUCAGCGACAAAAUGGCCAAGAGUCCGGAGGCUGUGUCCAACUUCCUCACCUCGCUGGUGGGGAGCAACCGGCAGUUCGUCCACGAGGAGCUUGCCCAAUUGCAGGGUAUGAAGGGAUCUUCGCCUCUGCAGGCCUGGGAUCACGCAUACUACGUCCAUCAACGCGUGAUGCAAUACUCGCAGUCCCGGCGAUCGCGCGAGCUGAGCAUCGUACCCGAAUUUUUCUCCCUCGGCACCGUGAUGCAGGGUCUCUCUCGGCUCUUCAACCGGCUCUACGGCGUACGUCUCGUGCCCCAGGAAACUGCGCCUGGAGAGACAUGGAACCCGGACGUGCGUCGACUGGACGUGGUGGACGAAGCGGAGCGACACAUCGCCGUCAUCUAUUGCGACCUCUUCUCGCGGCCCAACAAGCACCCGAACCCGGCGCAUUUUACCUUACGCUGCUCGCGGGAGAUCUCGAACCAGGAAGUUGCCGAAUGCGCAUCCAUGGAUCAGUCAGCCCACCCUAACGAUGGCAUGGCGACAGCCGUCGACCCGCAGUCCAAGACCCUCCGCCAACUGCCUACCAUCGCCUUGGUCUGCGAUUUCCCUGACCCGCCUGCAACCAGCGCUGGCCGCCCGUCGCUCCUGAGCGAGCAUAGCGUCCGCACGCUGUUCCACGAGAUGGGGCACGCGCUUCACUCGAUCCUCGGACAGACCCGCUUGCAAUCCAUCUCGGGCACGCGAUGCGCCACCGACUUCGCGGAGCUCCCCUCGGUGCUGAUGGAGCGCUUUGCGACGGCCCCCGAGGUGCUCUCGAUGUACGCCCGACACUGGCAGACGGACCAGCCUCUGUCGGAGAACAUGAUGCGCAGCAUGGAGCAGGACCGCACCGCGCACGGGUCCAUCUACGGGGCGGUGGAGAACGAAGCACAGAUCCUCAUGGCGCUGGUGGACCAGGCCUACCACUCGGUCCCGGCCGAGGCGGCCGGCAAGAUCGACAGCACGGCAAUUUACCACCAGGUGUCACAGGCACACUCGAGCCUUCCCGAGCCGUCGGACACGCAGCCGCCCACCUCCUGGCAAGGCUUCUUCGGCCACCUCUACGGCUACGGCGCCACGUACUACAGCUAUAUCUUCGACCGCGCGAUCGCCAACAAGCUGUGGGAGGACGUAUUCCAGAGCGGCCAGGCGUCGGUCGACCGCAACGCCGGCGAACGCUAUAAGAACGAGGUGCUUCGUUGGGGCGGUGGCCGCAAUGGAUGGGACUGUGUCGCUGGCGUGCUGGGCAGUGGUAACCCAUCCAAUGCAGACGGACGGCUGGUCGAGGGCGGUGACGACGCCAUGCGCGAGGUUGGACGAUGGGGACUUGGCCGCGAUGGUGUCUCUGGUAAACUUCUUAAUGUUAGGGGCACUAGCAUGAUCCUUGCAACCGAGGCAGACGGCCCUACAUGUAUCUAUAGACCAUCCUACCGUAACUCAGACCACGCGCGUGCCUUGCCGGUCCCAACGCCGGGCCCCCUAGCGGCGAACCCCAGGGAGGCGCAUGCUCUGGCAGAUAGUGGGCAGUGUGGGCAGUCAGUCGGCUGA